AGAUAAGGUAAAAGAUGGAUUAUAUUAUUUGUUUAAUUGAAUUGUAGAUUGAAGAAAAAAACUGGAAGCCCCGUUAUCUCUUCCCUUUUGUUUCUAUUGCAAUCUCCAUUGGAAAUCAUCAGUCCGAACAUCCUCUCGGUCCGGCCAUGGCUUUUCAAGCGAGAAAAGCAACGAAGAUCAUCCCUCACUUUGGAAACAGGAUGAUGAAUUUCUUGGGUUCGAUUGAAAUGGGUUUCGCGAGCUCUUAUUAUGCAACCCAGCUUCACAAAACUCCAUUUUCGGUUCAAAAGAUCGGGAAUGGAGUCGUGGGUUUCGAAGAUAUGCCUACCCAUUUAUCUGCUCGUCGUUUCAAAUCGAUUAAAGUGGAAAAACGAUUGGAUUCUGUCAACGAUGAUCGUGACAAUCAGGUUUUGGAGUUUCCAGGAGGAAAGGUUAGAUUUACUCCUCACAUGAGUUUCAUCCCUGAUCGCGACAAGGAGCGGAUACCCUGCUUUCGAGUUCUCGAUGACAACGGUCAGGCUAGUAUAUUCAGUAAUUUUACACAGGUGAGCAAGGAGGUUGCUGUAAAGAUGUACAAUGACAUGGUUACUCUCCAAACAAUGGACACUAUCUUAUAUGAAGCGCAAAGGCAGGGAAGAAUUUCCUUUUAUCUGACCUCCAUUGGAGAAGAGGCAAUCAACAUUGCUUCUGCAGCAGCACUGUCAUUGGAUGACCUUAUUGUACCACAGUACAGGGAAGCAGGAGUACUUAUAUGGCGUGGUUUCACUUUGAAAGAAUUUGCAAGCCAGUGCUUCGGAAACAAAGAUGAUCAUUGUAAAGGGAGGCAGAUGCCUGUCCAUUAUGGGUCCAAAAGAUACAAUUACUUUACUGUAGCAUCAACAAUCGCUUCUCAAAUCCCUCAUGCCGUUGGUGCUGCAUAUUCAAUGAAGAUGGAAAAGAAAGAUGCUUGUGCAGUCACUUAUUUUGGUGAUGGAGGAACAAGUGAGGGAGAUUUCCACGCGGCUUUAAAUUUUGCAGCGGUUUUGGAGGCGCCUGUUAUUUUUAUUUGUCGGAACAAUGGAUGGGCAAUCAGUACUCCUAUUUCAGACCAGUUUCGGAGUGAUGGUGUGAUUGUGAAGGGUCGGGCUUAUGGAGUUCGUAGUAUCCGUGUCGAUGGUAAUGAUGCACUUGCUGUAUACAAUGCAGUUCGAGCUGCUCGAGAAAUGGCAAUUCAAGAACAAAGGCCAAUAUUAAUUGAGGCUCUCACAUACAGAGUUGGACACCACACGACAUCAGACGACUCAACCAGGUAUCGUCCCGCUGAGGAAAUCGAAUGGUGGAGGGUAGCAAAGGACCCUGUAUCUAGAUUUAGGAAAUGGAUUGAAAGCAAUGGUUGGUGGAGUAAUGAGGCAGAAUCUGAGCUUAGAAGUAGCCUAAGAAAACAGCUAUUAGAAGAAAUUCAGUUGGCAGAGAGGCGUGAGAAGCCCCCAGUGGCAGAGGCUUUCACAGAUGUGUAUGAUGUUCCUCCCUCCAACCUCAAAGAGCAAGAGAGUUGGUUAAGAAAAACAAUCAAAACACACCCGCAAGAUUACCCAUCUAAUUUUCCUCUGUAACCUGACUAGGUUUUGGAACUCUGCCUUAAAAAUUAGGUUUGCUUUCCCCAACCUGUGGUUAAAGCAGUUAGAGAGAGGUGAGAAUGGUGGCAGUGUUUGCAAAUAAAGGACAAAUAAGGCAUCCUGUCUAAAUAAAGUUAUCCUUCUGCGAAGAA